AUGGCGACGCUUCACCUGGGAACUGCUGCAGACCAACCCAGCCCUCCACCCCCAACUGAUCCAGCCGUGUUGAAGUUGGUAGGCGAGGUGCUGGCAUCCGAGCAAGGUAUUCCUGCGCUGCUGCAGCGCCUGAAACAGAGCAUAGCUUCCGCAAAGGAGUUCGGUACCUUUCUCAAAAAACGAGCCGGCCUGGAAGAGGACAGCGCCCAGACCCUCAAGAAGCUGGCGCGCGCCACCCAGGAUAACAUACGGCGACCCGAACAACGCGGGGGCACAUUUGUCCACGUCUAUGAGGAAAUGGUCCAUAUUCACGAGCGCAUGGCUGAUAAUGGCAUCCAGUUUGCCGCCACACUUCUCCAAAUGAACGAAGAGCUCCUCGAGGCCGCCGGAAACGCUGAGCGCAACCGCAAGGUCUGGAAGGCAAACGGCCUGGCCGCUGAGCAAAAAGUCAUCGAUCUCGAGGCUGCCAUGCGCAAGAGCAAAGCAAAAUACGACUCUCUGGCUGAAGAGUACGAUCGCGCCAGGACGGGCGAAAGCAGGCCCGGUGGUGGCAAGGUCUUGGGCGCAUUCAAGGCACACAAGUCGGCCGCCCAGCAAGAAGAGGAGCUCCUGAAAAAGGUUCAAGGCGCAGAUCAGAUAUAUCACAGCGCCGUCACCAGUCUCCAGACCGAAAAGGCCCAGCUUCAGACCACGACCCGCCCCGAGAUUGUCAAGUCAUUGCAAGAGGCUAUCCGCGAAAUAGACUCUGCUGUCGGGAUGCAGAUGCAGAGAUUCGCUUUGAACAAUGAGAACCUGCUGCUAGGCAAUGGUCUUGUCAUUAGCCCUUUCAGGAACACAGCUAGCAUCGGCCCCAACCAACCUCGAAGCAUGCGAUAUGCCAUCGCUUCCAUCAGCAUUGACAAGGACCUUGAUGAGUUCGUGGCAGGAUUCCACUCCAAGGUUCAGCCAAACCCCGGCGAGAUCAAAUACGAACGCAAUGCGGUCCUUGGUCCAGUGCCCAGCUCCAUGGGUCACUCAUCACUACCCUCUGUUUCCCACACUUCCAAGCCUUCCGUCAGCCAGGCUGCUCCUGCGAGCGGAUACCAACAAUCCCCACAAUCCUUUACAAUCAACUCAAGAACAGGCGCUGGCAACAACUUUGGCAGUCCAACAGCAGGCGGCCCUGGUCCUCAGGGAGGCCCGGGACCCAUAGUACCGGCGGCUGCUUCUACUCCCACCAGUGCAGAGCCUCUGAAGUCGUUCCACCAGUCCAACCACAGCCGAACCUUUAGUCAAGGCAACAUGCUGAACUCUCCCAUCAGCCCUCAAUCUCAGCCGUUCGGUGCAGGUCCAGCACCAGGAGGUCCUCGAUUCCCCAACGGUGGUCCCAAUACCACUGGCCCGCCUCAACUCGGAGCGCUCCCGUUCCAAGAUCAUGAAGGCCCAUCAGCCAAGAGCGCUUCACCUCCUCAGAUGGGACUUCCGUACCAGCCUCCUGGGCCAAGCGCUCCGCCAGCAUACAGCGCUCCCAAUCAUGGUCCGCCGGCCUCCAAGCCAGUCUUUGGUGUCCAUCUCGGCCGCCUUUAUGAGAGAGACGGCCUCGCUGUCCCCAUGGUUGUGUAUCAGUGCAUCCAGGCUGUUGACCUGUUUGGCCUCGGGGUAGAAGGAAUCUACCGCCAAUCUGGAUCGCUGAAUCACAUUAAUAGGCUAAAAACCAUGUUUGACUCUGAAUCCCAGGCACAAGCCCUUGAUUUCAGAAACCCGGAAAACUUCUUUCACGAUGUCAACAGCGUUACGGGCCUGUUGAAGCAGUUCUUCCGCGACCUGCCUGACCCCUUGUUCACGACAGAACACCACAGCAGCUUUAUCAACGCAGCGAAGCACGAGGACGAGAUUGUUCGACGAGACUCACUCCACGCCAUCAUCAACAGCCUGCCCGAUCCCAACUACGCUACCCUGCGCGCCCUGAUGCUGCAUCUGCACCGUGUCAUCGACAAUUCUCACGUCAACCGCAUGAACUCUCACAACCUGGCCGUCAUUCUCGGUCCCACUCUCAUGGGCACCGAUCCAAGCACCGCCAUCACUGAUGCCGGCUGGCAGAUCAAAGUCAUCGACACUAUCCUGGUGAACACGUACCAGAUUUUCGAUGAGGAUUAA